UGUACAUUAGCCUAUAUAGUUAGAAUCCAUCUCCAUCGGGAUCUUGAGAGCCAUACCAUACCGAGCUUCGAGUCUUUUGUUGUAUAUAUUGUAAUUGUUCUGCAGUCUUGUUACUUCCACAGUUCUCAAACUCAUUAGCUAACGUUUUGUUAUUGCAACGACACGGCAGAGCGGCCUAAGAAUUUUUUCAUCUUAUUUUUUUCAACAAAAAAUCUCUAAUCUGCAUCGAACUUGACUUUAACAGCCAUGAACACAGCCACGAAUACAUUGGCUAACAACAAUGGAAUAGUUUAUUUGAUGAAUUCGACCUGGAGAAUGUGCAAUAGACAAUAAUCAGUGAUGUGAAUAGAGCUAUACACCACGGAUUGAAACAACUAAGUAUUUUUGCGAAAGUUUUGCAAGCAGUUUGGCGUAUUUUACUUUGCUGGACUAACGUUCGCUUAUCAACAAACUACAACAAUGUUACAUUUACCUCUACAAAUAUAGUUUGAUCAAAUCGUCAACUAUACUUUUAGUAACUAAUAUAUACAUACAUGUUGUGACAUACUUAUUACUAAUCUAUAUCACAUGUACUGCUGCAUCUUAUAUUAUUAUAGUAUUACCAGUUUUCUGUCAAAACUGUCAUCACGUAUGCACAUUAUAUAAAUUAAAAUCUCUUGCAUCAGCUGUUUCUCUGUCUUCUCUUGUCUACUUUUGCAUUUCAACAAUGGACAACAUAAGUGAAUUUGACAUUAAACUUGAAAAAGAAAUCUAUUAUGCGGGUGAAGUUAUUCAUGGUCAUGUUAUUUUGCAUACAACUGAAAACUUCAAAUUGAGAUCCAUGAGAUUGUCGUUGCGUGGCCAAGCACACGCGGAAUGGAAAAUUUCGGUCAGCGGCGACAGAAGAAGCGUCAAGGAUGACCAAUACUUUGUUGACGAGCGCAUCGUGGUAUGGGGUCAUGAUUCCCCAGAAGGGCCUAUUCCAAUACUGCCGCGUGGAAAACAUAAAUUUCCAUUUACUUUCAAUUUGCCGGAAAGCGCAUUGCCGUACAGCUUCGAGUCUCGAACCGGCUAUAUUCGCUAUUAUGUCAAAGCAACAGUCGACAGACCGUAUGCCAGUCCUCCUCAAGGCUUAAAGUACUUCACUCUGAUUGGUCCUCACAUUGAUUGUAUGGACGAACAUUAUUUGAAACCCACAAUUGGUACGGAAAUACAGUCAUCCUGCUUCUGCUGCAGAAGGAAUCCAGUCGAGUUGAGCGCCCAGUUGGAAAGAAGCGCGUACGUCUGCGGCGAAAGUAUAAAAUUACGCGCUUCCAUCGACAAUAGAGGCAUCGAAAAAGCAUGGUUACACGUCGCGCUAACUCAACACGUUGAAUUCUUCAUUGAGCGUGGUGUGCUUGGAGCAAGCAAGGAAAUUCAAAAAGUCGUUAUGGAAUACAAAGGAGAGCCAGUGGUUCCUGGCACAGCUGUCCAAUGGGACUCUUCGAGAAAGAUGAUUCUUCCCAUCUGUCCACCUUCUUUACUUGGCGUUUGCCGUUUAAUCCGAAUUUAUUAUGUCUUGAAGGUGAGUGUUCAAUUGGAAAAAUCGGGAGAAGAUAUGCAAAUGUAUUUUCCCAUAACAGUAGCAACCGUUCCCUUUCGAAUACCGAAUCUCCCUCAUCCAAAAAUCAAGUAUGAAAUGGCAGUAGACCAUGUAGAAGGUGGCUGUUAUGUUGGACCUGAAUUUCUUUUAGGUCAAGUAUAUGAUGGUACUGAUCAUCUAACAUCUCAAACACCGCUAGUUCUUUACAGACCAGUCUAUGUUUGCAUAGCUAGUGAAAAAAAAUUACAAAAUCAGUAAAACUCAAGUAAAACAUCGAUUUCCUACAUUAAACUUUUUAAUCUUGCAAUACUUUUAAUAAAAACUGUUAUAUUUACUUGUAGAUUUUGUUGUGCACAAUUAGUAUGAAGGUAAAAUGUAUACAUAUAAGCCCUACCGACAAUUAAAAUUCUUGAUGAAG